AUGCUGCCUCAAAACAAGGACCAGGUGCUGCUUCAAAAAGCAGAAACUCCUGGGCCCCCUACCCAGGGCCUCUUGAAAUUCAUAGACUCCCCUCCCUACAACCCAAGGCCUCUCUUCCCCCAUCAAUCACUUUCUCCCUCUCCCCCACCCUUAAAUCUUUCCCUACACUACCCUUCUCCAAACUCUCAUUUCUACUCUUCUGACUCUAAUUCUUACUUUUUCCAGUAUAUCCCAGCCUCCUCGGCUUUCUUUCACCAGAACCCUCCCUGUUGCUCAGUUCCACAGUCGUCCUCUUCCUCUGAGGCUCAUAACUCCUCCCUCCCCAACCCACUUCUCCAUCCAGAAGGCUCACGUAGUGCCCCACCUGCCUCCCCCAGCCCCAGACUCUUUUCUGGGGCCCACUCUUCCAGGCAGACAUGGCACUUGCAUCAGCACAGGGAGCCUGGAUCCCAUGGGGUGGUGGAGGAACGCGUGGCAAGCAAGAAGGACACUGCAGAGCUCAGGAAUCCAGGCAGCCUGGUCCAGGCCCUGGUGGCCCAGCUGGGGCACCAGCGCAUUGCACUCGACUUGCGUUUACUGCUUUUGCGGCGCCUGUGGCUAGGCAGCCCCGGUCAGGCCCCAGUCGUGGAAUAUCCUCUAUGUCUGGUGUGUCUCCGACCACGCGGCCCCUCUUGCCCCAUUAUCAAAUACGAAACUGUGCCCCGGCUGCUGGCAUUCCCCCAACUGCUGCCCCAUACAAAGGGCAGGAAGUCCAGGCCACUCCGAAUAGGCAUCGGCUUUGGCCUCUGCCUGCCUUGGGGCCAGGCCAGCGCCUUGCAUCUACUGUCAGAACAAGAGCAGGAGGAACCAGGAACCGAGACCGUGGAACCCGCGGUCCCGCGGGGAGAAGAACGAGCCCGCGACGCCCUCUUGCGUCACAUCCCGCCCAAUAGUGCUGACGCGGAUGGAGGUGCUGCGUUUGCGCGGAGGGAGCGACCCGAUUGGUGCGCGUUAGCACUGCGCGUCUGGCAGCCGGGUUGGGCGGCCUCGGGAUAG